AACCCGUAUCGAGUCGUCAGGUCUUUUCCCGAAACUUCCACAAACCUCGCGGUUUUUGAUUCUGAGCUGAUCAAAUAUGAGGGCCCAGUUAAGCAAAGCAGAUUCCAUAUCCACCGUCGAUCGCACGAACGUAUAAGGUUAUUUCGUAACUCUGCCGCUAUAAAUAAUUCCUCGCACCGAAAACCACUUCUUAUCUCGGAUUGAACCAAACAAAAAGCUUCCCGAUCUUGAAAAGCCCUUGUUAUUCGUGAUCUCACUUGCAAAGAGAAAACAAUGGCCACCGCCAGCAGCGAGAAAGGGAUAGAGAACAACAAGGAGAAAGAGUUGAAGCAUCUAGGGAUUUUUAGGGUUGCGGCGAUUCACACUCUGGUGUGCGUGUCGAAUCUGUACGAUUACGCGAAGCAGAACUCCGGGCCUCUGAGAUCGACGGUUGGGACUGUGGAGGGUGCUGUCACCGCCGUUGUUGGUCCUGUUUACCGGAAAUUCAAGGGCGUCCCUGACGAUGUCCUUGCUUUUCUCGACACCAAGGUAGAUCAAGCCGCAGGCAAGUUUGAUAAGCAUGCUCCUCCAUUGGCUAAGCAGGUUGCGAGCCAAGCACAUGUUUUGAUCCAAAAAACAGUGGAAAAAGGCCAGAAGUUCGUAAAAGAGGCUCAAACUGGGGGUCCGCGCUCAGCAAUUCAUUAUGCAGCUACAGAAUAUAAGCAGUUUGUCCUAAACCAAUCUGUGAAGUUGUGGGUUGGACUGAACCAGUAUCCUUCCAUCCACAAAGUGGCAGAGAAGGCUGCACCAACUGCUGCCCACUGGUCCGACAAAUAUAACCACACCGUAAAGGACUUCACUCGUAAGGGUUAUGCCAUCUUCGGCUAUUUACCCUUGGUUCCGAUUGAUGAGAUAUCCAAAGCAGUCGAGAAGGGUGAGGCAAAGAAGAAAGAAGAUGCGGCUGUGCAUGUUGAGCAUUCCUCUGAUUCAGAUUGAAUGAGUCUCUGCCUCAGGCUGUUACAAUCUUUUGUUGGCUUCUACAAGUCGUUUGGUAUUUAAGAAAUUUAAUAUAGGGUUCGUGGGUGAAGAAAUGUUGAUCUACUUAGCUUAGCUAGCAACUAUGUAAAUGAUUUCUAGACCCUCUAAACUUUUUUCGAGUUAUGAAAUGGUUUAGCCAACAGUGGCAUGCACGUGUCUGGAUAUCGGCUCUCUAGUUCCGGUGCAUAUUAAGACCUUCUUGGAUAGCUUCUUCAAUGUCUGUUGGAAGUUUCUUUAACAAAGUAGAUUGCCCUGUUGCAUACUAGGUUUAAUAUGAUGAAAAAUGAGUGCGUUUGCAUGUGCGGAUGAGUGGCCUGUGGAACUAAAAAUGAAAAGCAGUAUUUUUUGACGUAA